AUGGAACUCUUUGGUAUGGACGAGCUAAUAAAUACCCACAACAAAUGGGAUUUCCCAUUAGACAAGGUCCUAACCGACUCCUACUACGCCUGGGAAGAACAUCAUUAUUCUCCCGCACCCAAUAUCUGUAUGCGCAUUUCAGAUUGUCUGAAGGACACGACGAUGUAUGGUGCUCUACCGGUAUGCUGGUCCCUCAUGGCGCCAGACAAUUUCUUGGUCCAUGACGAUAAUCGCGAUAAGGUCAUGCCUUCUGUUUGUGGAAACGAGAUGGGAAAUGAGACCCUCCAUUUCUACGAAGCGAUGAAUAUCAAGGGCUGGACGCAUUAUGCUGCUGGAACUGCCACGGGAAGGGGCCUCUCGCAGGCCAUCCAAACGAGCUUCAAUCAUGAUCAUACGAAUCCCGUCUCCGUCUUCCUGACGUAUUGCACCCUAGGAAACCGCUUCCCAAAUGAUCAGGACGUGGUUGACAAAGCUGACCACUUCGAACCGGGUCCAGAUUUUCGAUGCAACCAAUUCAAGGCCGAUCUUAAAUCUUAUCUAGAUGAUGGUGAUGACUUCGGUAACGCCACUUUAAUGUCGGCAGAGAAAUCAAGAGGAGUCAAAAGGAGGAGUGGCGCCUUGCAAGCGAGGGUCGUGGUCAUCGUCACCAAGAUUCCUACAAUUUCAAGAAAGCCUGUGAGAUUUACGACAAGGAGCACUCCUGUACCAAAAAGGCCAGAAUUAGGUCAGUCCCUCAACGAUCAAGAUUUGGCACCCGGGGCGACUUUUGGGCGUCCUCGUGGUCUGUUGGGAGCAGAUGAACAUGAUGGCCGUGUGCGAAGCGUACUAGUAUCGAUGUCCUGA